AUGUCUGCAGAAGGAACCGUUGUUGAUAACACACCAACUGUGAUUCAAGAGCAAGUAGAGAACUCUGUAAACACUGCUGCUUCUGCCGCUGAAUCUCCAAAAGAAACCACAAACCAAGAACAAGAUUUCCGUGUCUUUGUUGGCCGCUUGAAUACCUCUACCAAGAAGAGCGAGAUCCGUUCUUUGUUUGAAACUGUCGGAGCUGUUCGCAAAGUUACCAUCCCUUUCCGCCGCGUACGCCGUGGAACUCGCCUAGUACCAUCUGGUAUCGCCUUCGUCACAUUCGCCAGCGAGGAAGAUGUAGAGAAGGCUAUUGAUACCUUAAAUGGAAAAACCUUGAACGAACGCGAGAUUGCCGUUCAGAGAGCUCGCCCUGUUCAAAAACAACCCAAAAAAUCAAAGAAAGAACUUAAGGAGAAGAAUACUUCCGAUAAAGAAAAUAAUGAAACCGCCACUACCGCUGAAGAUUCUGAAGCUUCUCCUGAAAAGGAAGAUGAGGAAAGCCAAGAAUCCUCUGAACCUCUUUCUACAGAAAAAAAACAAAACAACAAGUCUAGAAAUGCUGCUGGCAAGAAGAAGGCUAAGCCUCUUCCCCCUAACUCUAUCUAUGUUUCUGGCCUUUCGGUUACUUUAACAAACGAAGGCUUGAAGGAGAUGUUCGAUGCUUACAACCCUAUCCGGGCUCGUAUUGCUGUUCGUUCUCUCCCUCCUUAUAUUAUCCGCCGCAUCAAGCUUCGUGGUGAACAACGCCGUGGUCGUGGUUUCGGUUUUGUUUCCUUCAGCACUCCUGAAGAACAAACUCGUGCCAUUGAAGAAAUGAACGGUAAACAAAUUGGUGAUCUUACCUUGGUUGUUAAGAAUGCUAUAUCUCGUGAAGAAAAGCAAAAAGAAACAGAGGAGAAGGAAGAUGAAAAUAAUGCCGUUUCUGAGGAGGGUGAGAAGGCUGAAUCCGAACAAGCUGCUUCUGCCACUCAAGAGGCUUCCGCUGCAAAUGUUGAAGCCGAUUCUGCUGAGAAGGCUACUGCUUCUGCUUGA